GCCACUAUCAUGGGGAAGGAAGAGCAGCAGGAGGAGCGCGAGGUGCUGGACUCGAUCUACCCGGACGAGAUUCAUGACAUCUCCGAGACCGAAUUCCGCAUCUCCGUGGCAUUGGAUACGAACAAGCACGAAGAUGACGAGGCGGAAGAUCCAACGAUAAUCUUGAACGUUAAAUACACCGAGAACUAUCCAGACGAAGCACCCAUCCUCGAUGUGACACAGCCACCCAAUGCAGUCAAGCACCAGCAUCUCGACGUAUGGGAUGACAAAACGCGGCUACUGGAUGCACUGAAACCCACUAUUGAGGAGAACUUGGGCAUGCAAAUGGUCUUCGCAUUGGUCAGCACGCUGAAGGACGCUGCAGAAGCGCUGAUAGCGGAGCGCGAGCAAGAGGUGCAGGCACAAAAAGAUGUCGAAAGGGCAAUAGCUGAGAAGGAGGAGAAUGCCAAGUUUGAAGGAGAAAAGGUGACGAGAGAAUCCUUCCUCGCUUGGUCUGAGAGCUUCAAGAAGGAGAUGCAAGAAGAGGCCGCCAGGAAACUUGCCGAGCAGGAGGCUGAGGAUAAGAAGAAGCGUGGACCGAAGGAGGAGAAGAAGCUCACUGGCAGACAGCUCUGGGAGCAAGGCUUGGCCGGCAAGAUCAUUGAUGAGGAUGAAGAUGGAGAGGAUGUUGAUUUGGAGAAGAUGAGACAACUCUCGGUGGAAGGAUGA